CAAUCACCAUACAAAACCGUAGCCCACAGUUUUGCCCAAUACACAAGCGUUGGGGGGACGCGACCACCACGAGCCCUCUAUAAAUAGUACCACACACGCCCACUUCACCUAACUAUCACACGGCACGUUGCGCACUACGCUACGCAGUAUACUUGCUACACAUACUGACAGAAGGAAAAAAAAAAAUGCAAUCUCUGCAAGAGAAAGCCUCUGAAUGGAGCGGAGUUGACGCGGCCAACGCCUUCGCUAUUGACGAUACCAAUCUGUUUCAGAAACUAGGCCUCCAAACCUUCAUUAAUCUCUCUACCAAUUUCUAUAACAGGGUUUUUGACGAUGAUGAAGAAUGGUUUAGAUCAAUUUUCGCCGGCUCGAAAAAGGAAGAAGCAAUUCAAAAUCAAUACGAAUUUUUUGUGCAGAGAAUGGGAGGGCCUCCUCUGUAUUCUCAGAGAAAAGGCCACCCUGCACUAAUUGGACGCCACCGACCAUUCCCUGUCACGCAUCAAGCUGCCGAGAGGUGGUUACAUCACAUGCAAAAUGCAUUGGACACCACCCCAGAUAUUGAUGCUGACUCAAAAAUCAAGAUGAUGAAUUUUUUCAGGCACACUGCAUUCUUUCUUGUGGCUGGUGAUGAGUUAAAGAAUCAAAACCAUCAACCUCGGUGCAAGCACGAGGCCAGCGAAUCAGCUGCUUCAUAAAAAAACCAUUAACAAGAUUGCCACACUCCUUUGUUGCGACAAAUGAG